AUGAUGGUGUCUUUCGAGCGUCUCGGCGAGGAAAGUGGUAGUGGAAUGUCUGUGGAAUGAAGCCUGAAUUAAUUGUUACUGUACUAUGCUUGGUUAAAAAAGUUGAAAGAAUAAAAAAUGAAAUAGUUAAAAAACAAUUGCAAGGAAUUGAAGUUACUUGUAUUUUUCAAAAAGUUUGAUAAAUAUAAAGGACCUUCUCCACCGUAUUCUACCGUAAACUUCCGGUUUCCCAAUCUAAAUAUUAAUGGUAAUUAGUAUAGCGUACCUUUUGGGGCUUUUCAAAACGGAGUUGAGACAAUUCUUAAAACACAACCGCGUUCUAAGACGAUUCUCAGAUUACCCAACGCUAAUUUCUAAUUUCUGUUUAUCGUGAACAGGUUCCGAUGGUUUCUAAAACUGCGGCCCAAAUAAGACUUAGUUUAGAUUGUGGACCCAUGCGUAGAAUUUUUAAACAAGGAUAUCCGGCACAGUCUGCAAAGUAAGAGACCAGGGGUUACCAUACUAUACCUUUUUAGUUUCGCAAAUUGCUUCUUUGACCUCAUUUCAUGUAACGGAAUCAAGAAGUCUUAAAUUCUGGAUUCCACGCCGUGGAUUCUGGAUUCCAGUUACUCGGUUCCAGUCUUUGUUCGUGGAACUUGGAUUACAGGAUUCCAAUCAUUAGAGGGAAUCCGGAAUCCUCAAGCUGUGCUUCGGAUUCAAAGGCCCUGGAUUCCGGAUUCCAUAAGCAACAUUUUCCCGGAUGCCGGACUGCAUAAGCAAAAAUCUCCCGAAUCUUGGAAUCCGGAUACCUUAACGGUGGGGCGAUUAACUUAAUUUCAGGUACUUUGGUUUAAUUAUGAACGAACAGAAAAUCUGUCCCGUUUUGACAGAAUCGGAUUUGUGAAUUGAUACUCGUUAACUAAAUACCGAUAAAAACUAUUCAAAAAAAUUGUACUGACAUAAAUGAUACCUGAACUUUGGAAGAAUACCAUUCAUUCGGAGUGAAAGACUUUAAUUUCGCAGUUGCUGAAUAAACUCUGUCAAUAGGCGAGCAGUCAGCUUACGUUAAAUUUCAUAAAAUCAUAACAAAAACAUUUUCAAUACCUGUCACUUGUUAAAUGUUUUCUCUUUAAUUUCCUAUUUUGUUCACUAUUUUCAGUAAGCCAACCCGGCGGAAAGCAACUCAGUUUACAUUGUCUAAAACACAGUCUUUAACUAUUCAACAAAUCAACAAAUAGAAUACAUAACUUCUGUUGAUGUAAAUGACAAACUGAUUUGCAACUUGAAAUAAUGCUUUGCCGGCAUAUGCACCUCCUGAUACUGGUCGUUACUAGAUGUUAUAGCGUUGAAAACCUUUUUUUGUCUCACAAUUUUCAAUAUACUGUGAAUUGUUGAACUUGAAAAAAGACAAUAAUAUUUUAUCAGCUGAGGCCCCUUUGUAAAGGACACAAGAAAACAAUUUGAGCUUUUGCAUUUCAUUACAAAAUUUAAUAAUAUCUCUUGUGUCUACCUUGAAUGGUGUGUUUGGCCAGUUCGCUUACAUCGCACAUAAGAAUCAGAAAGCUUUGUUUGAGCAGCGUAAUAUGUUUUUAAACCAACAAUGUUAAAUUAAGAUCAUGAAAGCACAAUACAAGACAUCUCUUGUUGGCUUUCUCCACGUCUGAAUAUCAGCGAUCGGCAGCUAGACAACAGCAUAAAAUCUCUUUAAACGAUCCGAAUUAACAAGAGGUGAGUUUUCCAUGCAGUAUUUUCCUUAGUUGCCACCCACAUUAAAACACAUGAACGUAUCAAGCCAUUUCGGCCGGCCAGUGUACGAUGUAUUCAUUCAACCCACUAGAUUGUUUGCCAGCUAAACGCAAUCUUGCUUCGGUAUAAGGUUUUGUCUCUUUUACUAGCUCAAUUCUUCCUUUUUUCAUUUCCUUAUACAAAACGUUAAGCGGUAACAACUGAGGUAGCUACCUUUUUUAUGCAAAGACACCAAACUCAAAAUUUUUUAUCAGUCAGUACGUUUUAAUAUGUUAAAAGUUAGAUUAAGCUUUUAUGGUAAGCAUCGUCACAAGUUUUUGUUUUUUUACGAAUGACCGUAAAAUACGAAAUGUUAUCAAUCGAAAUAAAACUCGUCUUAUGCCAGUUUUGAGUGAUCUUAAUUUGUUCGUUUUUGGGGACGUGUGAAAGUUUGUAAAGUGUGUUUUAAAAUCAUACAAUAGAGAGUUCGUUAAGUUGUUUGCCCAAUCGGUCGAGAUAACGUAGCAUCUAAUGCCUAUUAAUAUGAUGUCACAUAUAAUUGACAAAAAGUUUCUUUUUCCUCAAUUCAUCUUUCACCCAGACUAAAACUAUUAUUUUAUUAUUCUAGUAAAAACCGUAUGUAAGUGACGACAAAAAAAAAUUAACACAAACAAAUUAAAAAAAUCACGACCUCUGCUGAACCAAAAACUAACAACCUAGUAACAAUGGUUUGACUCUAAGACUCAUCUACUGAAUUGAAGUCGUCGGAAAAGGAGAAAUCUGAAAAAAAUUUCGCGUAUACUAAUAUUUCUCUUCAAUAAUCAUGUCUUAAUUUCAUUUGUUAAUCUGAGGCUAUGUUGUGAUACCAUUUUAGGAGAGCAUGAGGUGCACACUCGUUGUCCAAGCUUUCUCCAUUCUACUUCUUUACUCCAGCGAGCAUUCUCCGAAGAAGUCAAGGUGAAGAUCUUUAAUCAGUGGUCCCAAGGAUUCUACGGACAGAUAUCGAUUGAUCUCGAAGACGAAGUCGAAGAUGGUUGGCAAAUCACCUUGAAGUUCUCGAAGCCAAUUAAAGAAUUGUUAGCUUGGAAUGCUAACGUAUAG